GCGGCAAGUGACAGUGGAAAAUCCGUUGCCACAGUCCUAAUCAGCCUGUCAGGUCUAGACAUUCGAGUCGAAUUAUUUUGUUGAAACCAACCCAACUAUUCCGGAAACUAAAAACCGAAAAACCAAAAUUUUAAAUUAAGAAAAUUGCGCGAGUUAAAAACAAAAUCAAAUAUAUAAAUCAGAGACACUCAAAAUUAUGGUAAAGUCCAAGUUGCGUUCCCCAAAAGCCUUAAAGUCUUUACGCAAGAGCAAGGCCAAGAAAGUAAAUUUGAAACCCACCAGACCCAGACGUAAGCUGAGAUCCUCGAUGGCUUCCGCUGCCAAGAAGCAUCUAAAGCGUUCCCUGAAGGGAGCUUCUCUGCCCAAAACUAUCAAGAGAAGGUCAAACCCGACCAAGCUGAAGAGAGGCUUCUCGAAGCCCAAGGGCGUCUCUCGCAGGAUCAAGCUUAUAGAUGCCAAACCUGAAUCAUCAAUCAAAUCGAUGAAGGCUGGUGGAACUUCUGUGGUUUUCUUGGCCAGGGACUCUUCCAGGAGAAGCGACCCAACGGCUGCAAAAUCUUUAGUUAUUUCACCCAAGAUGAUCAGCCGAAUCAAACCUAGGCUUUUGAAGCAACCAAAGACCCACGAAGGCGUUGAUUUCUUUUACAAUCUUGGUCACAAGGUCCUCGACCCGGAGCCCUCUGAUAAGCAGGAGAGGCCACGGACAGGUAAAGGAGGAUUAACCAAAGGAUUAGUCGGAGGUAGAUCGGUGACGGGCAGAUUGAAAGCAGGCGGACUGGAAGCAGUUGUGGCCAAAGAUAAUGGACCAAAAGUGCGCGCCAGGAAAGGAAUCGACCUGACGCAACCCAUGGGACUGGAGGGCCUCAGUCCGAGUCCGAGUCCUGUCCUCAACUGUAGUGCGAGUCUGACCGGCAAAGGUGUUGUGGUGCCACUGACCAAUCGCCUGCCCAUCAUUGACUUCAUUUCCACCACCGAGUUUAACGAUAAAUAUGCAACGCAGAAGAGUUCUCGACGACAGAAGCGUUGAUUUGGUGACCCAUCGAGCGGCGAAUCGAUCAAUAUUUACAAAAUUCGUUGUCGGUUUAAUAUAUUGUAUUGCAAAAUUCUCUUUUAUUUUCGUUAAUCAGUUGACAAAAGCAAACCCUUUUAUGUUUCGAGAAAUUAAAAGCAUGUUUAACAUUGCCACUAAUUAUAA